GACCGAAGAAAUCAUAAACAAAUUUCAUGUUAAGUUAGCUCAUUCUGGAAUAUAUGCUACAUUAUCUGAGGCUAGGAAACAGUUUUGGAUUCCUUGUAGUUUUUCUACUGUAAAGAAAGUCUUGAAAGCUUGUGUUCACUGCCGUAGAUUUAACAGUAGAACUAUAAAAUUAAACCAGUCUCCAUAUAGGGAAUUUAGGGUUUCUCCUCCAACCAUACCUUACAGGUACAUUUUCAUAGAUUAUUUCGGACCUUAUUGGGUAUAUUGGAUGGGUAAGAAAUCAAAAGUUUGGAUAUUAUGUAUCACUUGCUUAUGGUCGAGGGCCAUAAAUCUUAAGGUAUGUGUAGACCUUUCAGAGAUUUCCUUUUUGAGAGCACUGCAGCUCCAUUGUUUCGAGUUUGGGGUACCUGAACUCUGUUUAAGUGACCAAGGUUCACAGCUAACUUCGGGUGCUAGAACUGUUGAAAACUUUCUGAAUGAUAAGGACACAUUAUCUUAUUUCAGGGAAAACAAUAUAAAACCUUUGAGUUUCCAGCAAUACUAUAAAGGUCACAGUGAACUUGGUUCUUUAGUGGAAUCGUGUGUGAAGAUGGUUAAGAGGCUUAUUGAAGGUUCUGUUCGGAACAUGGUCCUAGAAUAUUUAGAUUUUGACUUUGCUGUCCAAAAUAUUGUACAUUUAGUAAAUCGCCGUCCAAUUGCCUUUAAAGAAUAUUUGCGAAGCAAUGAUGGGACUGAACCUGUACCCUCUCCUAUAACUCCAGAAAUUUUAGUUAAAGGACACGAAUUAAAUUCCUUAAAUAUUAUUCCCCAUUUACAUCCUUUACCUAGGGCAGAUGAUACUUGGGUUCCUGAUAUAUCUCCCAUUGCCCAUGUGAAGGACAGUCACAGAAAGUUACGAAAGGCUAGGGAAAGUAUAAUAGAGAUAUAUAAUAACGAGUUUGUUGUGCAGCUUGUGAACCAAGCAACUGAUAAACGAGGUAGAUACCAACCUGUUAAUCAUAAGCUAUUGGAAGUUGGAGACAUUGUUCUCAUUAAAGAACCCCUUCUCAAACCUACUAAUUUUCCAAUGGGUAUUGUUAAAGAGAUAAAAGUGAACUCUUUGGGUGAAGUAACUGGUGCAACUGUACUCAAGGGAAAAAGUAGGGAAGAAACUAAAAGGCACGUUUCCUCUUUGAUUCCAUUACUUUACAAAAGGGAAUUUGAGGCUAAAUUUAGCGAUAAGGUACAAUCAACAUGUGAUGGUAAGCAGAGUAAGGAAGAUGUAGUUAAGGAGAGACCUAAGAGGCAAACUGCAAUAAUUGGGAAAGAGAGGGUAAAGACACUAUUUGAGGAUGAUUUAGCGUAAUCAUUUAUCUAUAUUUCCAUUCAAUUUUUCUUAGAAAAUUGAAUCCCCUCGUGGGAGUGUAGAAAAAUGCACACUUGUGCGCAUUUUGUUUUUUACAUAUUAUAUGUAUAGAGUUUGGUUGUGGUUUUUAUGUUAAUAUUUGCUCAGGAAUAGCUAUUUUUUUUUUAUAUUAAAAGCAAAUGCAUUUUAUUUGCAUCCCUAAAUACCUCUUAGGACAAUUAAAAAGUAACGAGCCAUUCCUGAACCAUAUAUUUAAGUUUGCCAGGUUGUUCGCCACCUAACACCAGGCUUAGAAACCGUUGUCGGCAGCGAGCGACCUGAAGAAGGCAGUACGGAGAGCUCAGCGUAAGCUACAGGACCAGAACAGUCUUCUCCGGAUUUGAAAAAUUAUUACAGCCAAGAAGCAAUGGCUGCCACAAAUUAAUUUGAGGACCGUGGCUCUGGUCGUAAUUUCUCACGGAUGAAUGUCAUCGACUUGAACACCUACUACUCAAGAGCUCUACAGAAGGCUUCCAUCAUCACCACUACCUUCGUCACUGCUUUAUUAUGGACCUAAAUGACUGGCUAUUUGUUGAGAUCCUUCUGAUGUUUCGGAAAAUAAGGGGCAAUAGUGCGGACCGAAUGCAGGUUCUCUGACGGAUAGAGCGAGAACGUCCACGCUAAGUUUACAAAGGUUUUGCAACUCGACCAGGAUCAUCCUAUUCGCCAGUCAUAUUCUUAUUGUCAAUUGUCUAGUUUUUUCAGUUUAUUUUGUAAAUUAAAAUAAUUUGUAUAACAUAUUUUUGCUUUACCUUUAUGUUAAAUUGCUCUUUG